UGGCCCGGCGUCAAUGUUUAUGUAGUGUCACUGUCCGGGUAUGUAACCGCACCAAGGACUCGGCAAUGUGAUUUUCCUGGCGUCGAUUUGCGGUCCUUUCGCUUUUACCGGGCUGUCUUCACCACGCUACGCUCCGGCAUUCAACAUGGGGAAUCAUUAGCAGGUGAAACACGGAAGAAACCGAGGAAAAAGCCGGGAUGGCGGGCGCCUUUGGCUUCAAAGGCUGCCAGAAGAUUCGAGGUCCGCAGAUCAGGAAUCUGCUGGAGGCGAAGGACUUCUUCCUCUUCGACUGCGACGGGGUCAUAUGGAACGGAGAGAAGGCGAUAUCUGGCGCGGCGCAGGUGGUGAGUUCGCUGAUCCGGCGCGGAAAAAACGUGGUGUUCGUCACCAACAACUGCACCAGGCCCCGGGAGAAUUACGUGCACAAGUUCUACCGGCUGGGCUUCACCGACGUGAUGCUGGAGCAGAUCUUCAGCUCGUCGUACUGCUCGGCUCUCUACCUGAGAGACGUCGUCAAGGUCCGCGGCCAGGUGUUCGUCAUCGGCUGCGACGGACUGCGCCGAGAGCUGCAGGAGGCGGGCAUCCUCUGCGUGGAGGAGGCGGAUGAUCCGGACGCCACCAUCUACGACUGCGCCUUGGCCCCGGACGUCAAGGCGGUGCUGGUGGGACACGAUGAUAAACUGACUUUUCUCAAACUGGCCAAAGCCUCGUGCUACCUGAGGGACCCGGAUUGUCUGUUCCUGGCCACCGACAACGACCCGUGGCACCCUCUCUCAGGGGGAAGGAUACUGCCAGGUUCUGGGUCCCUCACCGCGGCCCUGGAGGUGGCCUCAGGCCGCAAGGCCACCGUGAUCGGCAAGCCCAGCCGCUUCAUGUUCGAGUGCAUCUCCAGUCAGUUCCGGGGGGUGGACCCCGCCCAGUGCCUGAUGGUCGGGGACCGCUUGGAGACAGACAUGCUGUUCGGGUCCAACUGCGGCCUAGACACCAUGCUCACUCUCACCGGCGUGUCUCAGUUCGAGGAGGCCCAGGAGUACAGGAAUAGUGAGCUGGCCACCAACCGCCACUUGGUGCCCGACUACGUGGUGGACACCAUCGCUGAUUUCUUACCUGCUUUUGAGGAACUGGACGAACAGAGCAAUUGACGAGUCCUUUCGUCUGUGGCACGGAGCACAGAUUGCUUCUACUACAUUUCAAGUGCAUUGUUUAGUCUGGCAUUUGCAAAAAACCUUCCUGUCCGCAGUUAUCAAAACCGUAAAUGUUCCUCAGUACCAAGGCGCUGUUUAUGUUGAACAAGACAUGCGUAAGCCAGAAUAUUCUCCUAAAAAUAGUAAUCCAGUGCAUACCUCAGUGUUUCUUAUGGUGUUGUGCCCAUUUGUGACUUGACAGUUCCUUGUUGCUGUAAGUGUUUAUAUUAAUAUAUGAAUAUACUGCACUUUCUUGUUCAUCGAGUUCAUAGGUCGUGUUUGAUAUUGGGGUUUUAAACAUCCAGAGGUAUUUUUGUAAAGCCAUGAAUUGUUCUGUAAUGGCAUUCAUGUGUUUAGGAGCCGGUUGUUUAAUUUUUUUUUUUGCCAAAAAGGCAGACAUUUUUUUCUUCAUAUGUAUUUGCCUGGGUGUGAAUUAUCGAUUCAUUCAUGGCAAGAGGAGAAAAUUAAAUUAAAACCUGUGCAAGCUUUUCUCAGCUCUGGUAGUGACUGAGGUGACAAUCUGUCAGUCAGACAAGUGUAUAUUCACUUUUGGCCUUCCUGUCGUGUCUGAACUGCUUGUGCUAAUAUUCAUCCAAGUAAUCAACAGCUUACUGAAUCUGAUAGUUAGAAAACCAGUAGCACAUUAAUGGUGGCUGAUCAUACUGCACUGUUGUGAAAUUUCAAUGUUGUUAAUGUUUACCAUAGAGAGCAUGUCAGCAACCGUAACAAUAAAUACUUAUAAUUCCGAA